AUAUUGUAGCAUCCCUAAAAAUAGUACUAUUUUAUUGACGAACGAAUGAAUUUGUGUCUUUUUUAUUUAUUUAUUUUGGAACGCGAGUACAAAUGGUACAUAGUGCGUAAAUAUUCUUUGAGGCUUUACAAGGAAACUAAAAAAAUAUGUCCUCUAUUUGCCUACCAGGUGGUGAUUUAUACGUACCCAUAAAAAUUGAAGAAAAUGACAUAUAUGACGGAAUCCAAAAACUUUUAAAAGUUAUACGACCUAAUUGGCCCACGGAGAAUUUAAAAUUUAAGUUGUUUACAGAUGGAAUUACAAAUAAAUUAGUGGCGUGCCAAUUACAAAAUGAAUUGAACAAUACAAAUAUAGUUUUAGUUCGUUUAUAUGGAAACAAGACUGAUUUGCUUAUUGACCGAAAUGCUGAGUUACGAAACAUCAAAAUUUUAAAUAAAAUUGGCCUUGCACCAGAAGUUUAUGGAAUAUUUGAGAAUGGUUUGGCUUAUCAGUAUUUUCCUGGAGUCACUCUUGAUAUUGAUUCAGUGCUGAGUAAUAAAAUAUGGCCUCGUAUAGCACAGAAAAUGGCAAAGAUGCACAAGGUGAAACUCGGUAAUGAUAUAAAAGAGGAACCUAUGGUUUGGGAUAAAAUAGAGCAGUUCUUGGGUUUGCUUCCAGAGCCAUUCACCGAUGACAACAAAAGAACUAGAUUUGUCAAUAGCUUUGGGUCCGUAACGAGACUAAGAAUAGAGUCUGAGCGGCUCAAAACAUACUUAAUCAAAACUGCGAGCCCCAUAGUGUUUGCUCACAAUGAUUUGCUUCUAGGAAACGUGAUCUACAACAAAGAAGAUGGAACCGUAGCUUUUAUUGAUUUUGAGUAUGCCACAUAUAAUUAUCAAGGGUUUGACAUCGCAAAUCAUUUCAACGAGUUUGUUGGCCUUAACAUUGAAGAUAUAGAUUACAAACGAUAUCCGAAUGAAGAAUUUCAGAAGAAAUGGUUAAACGUCUAUCUCUGCGAGUAUUUGGAAACCGAUUCACCUUCCGUUGAGAGUGUAGAUAAAAUAUACGCAGAAGUUCAACAGCUUUCUCUGGCGUCUCAUUUCAUGUGGGGCAUUUGGUCUCUUGUACAGUUCGAAUUGUCAAAUAUUGACUUUGAUUUUCUAAGCUAUGCAGAAAUUCGUUUAAACAGAUAUUUUGAAUUGAAAGAUAAGAUAUUUAAAGAAUUAAACUGAAGAAGCACCGCUCUAAAACGAAUGAAUGGCACGAUUACGUUCUGUUAUAUUAUAAAUUUGUUCUGUUGAA